CGCCCAUCCCGGAUGUGGGGGCGGAGCUAAUAAAGCGUCGGAACCAGUGAACGGAAGUGGGUGUUGGGGGCUUAAAGGUAGCUUUAAAUUCCUGCUGUGUUCAGAACUCGGCCCCUUCAGCUGGAGUCGGCUUCGCGCGACGAAUGGCUGUGGACGUGAAGUCGCGAGCAAAGCGUUAUGAAAAACUGGACUUCCUCGGGGAGGGACAGUUUGCCACGGUUUAUAAGGCCAGAGACAAGAACACCAACCAAAUUGUCGCCAUUAAGAAAAUCAAACUUGGACAUAGAUCAGAAGCUAAAGAUGGUAUAAAUAGAACUGCCUUAAGAGAGAUAAAAUUAUUACAGGAGCUAAGUCAUCCAAAUAUAAUUGGUCUGCUUGAUGCUUUUGGACAUAAAUCUAAUAUUAGCCUUGUCUUUGAUUUUAUGGAAACUGAUCUAGAGGUUAUAAUAAAGGAUAAUAGUCUUGUACUGACACCAUCACACAUCAAAGCCUACAUGUUGAUGACUCUUCAAGGUUUAGAAUAUUUACAUCAACAUUGGAUUCUACAUAGGGACCUAAAACCAAACAACUUGUUGCUAGAUGAAAAUGGAGUUCUAAAACUGGCAGAUUUUGGCCUGGCCAAAUCAUUUGGGAGCCCCAAUAGAGCUUAUACACAUCAGGUUGUGACCAGGUGGUAUCGGGCCCCUGAGUUACUAUUUGGAGCUAGAAUGUAUGGUGUAGGUGUGGACAUGUGGGCUGUUGGCUGUAUAUUAGCAGAGUUGCUUCUAAGGGUUCCGUUUUUGCCGGGAGAUUCAGACCUUGAUCAACUAACAAGAAUAUUUGAAACUUUGGGCACACCCACUGAGGAACAGUGGCCUGACAUGUGUAGUCUUCCUGAUUUCGUGACAUUUAAGAGUUUCCCUGGAAUCCCGCUCCAACACAUCUUCAUUGCAGCAGGAGAUGACUUGCUAGAUCUCAUACAAGGCUUAUUCUUAUUUAAUCCGUGUACUCGAAUUACAGCCACACAGGCUUUGAAAACUAAGUAUUUCAGUAAUCGGCCAGGGCCAACACCUGGAUGUCAGCUGCCAAGACCAAACUGUCCAGUGGAAGCUUUAAAGGAGCAGCCAAAUCCACCUGUGGCAACAAAACGGAAGAGAAUAGAGGCCUUGGAACAAGGAGGAUUACCCAAGAAACUAAUUUUUUAGUUAUAGAGAACACUGGACAGUAUUUUACUACUGAAGGAUAUAGUCAAAAAGGCAAAUAUUGGAAAAGUAGUAAACAUUAAAUAAAUGCUGUAGAAGAAAUUUGUAAAUAUUCUACAUGUGUAAAAUAUGUAAAACUGGGUUAUUUUUAUUAAAUGUAUUUUAAAACAAGCAAUUCUGAUUUUUCUGGUUAGAGUGCAAAAGCAAGAUAAGUUCAGUUCUCUGAAAUGUAGAAUUGAGAAUGCAUUAAGGAAACCUUAAUAAAAAUAAUUAUCAGUUAUUUUGAUGAUCUG